CUCCAUGUAAAUAGGAUGUACUAUGGUCAUCAUAAUUUACAGCUAGAAGUGAAAAUCUCUAUGACAGGUGAUUUGGCUUCUGCACAGUUAGGAGGAGCACCAAACCGAUGGGAGGUUUUGUCAGCCACACCUACAACUAUAAAAGAUGAAGCUGGUAAUCUAGUACAGAUUCCAGGUGCUGCUACUUCAAGUGGGCAGUAUGUCCUUCCCCUUCAGAAUUUACAGAAUCAACAAAUAUUUUCAGUUGCACCAGGAUCAGAUUCAUCAAAUGGUACAGUGUCCAAUGUUCAGUAUCAAGUAAUACCACAGAUUCAGUCAACAGAUGCCCAGCAGGUUCAGAUUGGCUUCACAGGCUCCUCAGAUAAUGGGGGUAUAAAUCAAGAAAGCAGUCAAAUUCAGAUCAUUCCUGGCUCUAAUCAAACCUUACUUGCCUCUGGAACACCUCCUGCUAAUAUUCAGAAUCUCAUACCACAGACUGGUCAAGUCCAGGUUCAGGGAGUUGCAAUUGGUGGUUCAUCAUUUCCUGGCCAAACUCAAGUAGUUGCUAAUGUGCCUCUUGGUCUGCCAGGAAAUAUUACCUUUGUACCAAUCAAUAGUGUUGAUCUAGAUUCUUUGGGACUCUCGGGAAGUUCUCAGACAAUGACUGCAGGCAUUAAUGCCGAUGGACAUUUGAUAAACACAGGACAAGCUAUGGAUAGUUCAGACAAUUCAGAAAGGACUGGUGAGCGGGUUUCUCCUGAUGUUAAUGAAACUAAUACUGAUACAGAUUUAUUUGUGCCAACAUCCUCUUCGUCACAGUUACCUGUUACGAUAGAUAGUACAGGUAUAUUACAACAAAACACAAAUAGCUUGACUACUUCUAGUGGGCAAGUCCAUUCUUCAGAUCUUCAGGGAAAUUAUAUCCAGUCGCCUGUUUCUGAAGAGACACAGGCUCAGAAUAUUCAGGUUUCUACAGCACAGCCUGUUGUACAACAUCUACAACUUCAAGAUUCUCAGCAACCAACCAGUCAAGCCCAAAUUGUGCAAGGUAUUACACCACAGACAAUCCAUGGUGUGCAAGCCAGUGGUCAAAAUAUAUCACAACAGGCUUUACAAAACCUUCAGUUGCAGCUGAAUCCUGGAACCUUUUUAAUUCAGGCACAGACAGUGACCCCUUCUGGACAGAUAACCUGGCAAACCUUUCAAGUACAAGGGGUACAGAACUUGCAGAAUUUGCAAAUACAGAAUACUGCUGCCCAGCAAAUAACUUUGACGCCUGUUCAGACACUCACGCUUGGUCAAGUCGCAGCAGGUGGAGCGUUGACUUCAACUCCAGUUAGUCUAAGCACUGGUCAGUUGCCAAAUCUACAGACAGUUACAGUAAAUUCUAUAGAUUCUACUGGUAUACAGCUACAUCCAGGAGAGAAUGCUGACAGUCCUGCAGAUAUUAGGAUCAAGGAAGAAGAACCUGACCCUGAAGAGUGGCAGCUCAGUGGUGACUCUACAUUGAAUACCAAUGACCUAACACACUUACGAGUACAAGUGGUAGAUGAAGAAGGGGACCAACAACAUCAAGAAGGAAAAAGACUUCGGAGGGUAGCUUGCACCUGUCCCAACUGUAAAGAAGGCGGUGGGAGAGGUACCAACCUUGGGAAGAAGAAGCAACACAUUUGUCAUAUACCAGGAUGUGGUAAAGUCUAUGGGAAAACCUCACAUUUGAGAGCGCAUCUACGUUGGCAUUCUGGAGAGCGUCCUUUUAUUUGUAACUGGAUGUUCUGUGGCAAAAGAUUUACACGAAGUGAUGAAUUACAAAGGCACAGAAGAACACACACAGGUGAAAAGAAGUUUGUUUGUCCAGAAUGUUCAAAACGUUUUAUGAGAAGUGACCACCUUGCCAAACAUAUUAAAACACAUCAAAAUAAAAAAGUUAUUCAUUCUAGCAGUACAGUGCUAGCAUCUGUGGAAGCUGGAAGAGAUGAUGCCUUGAUUACUGCAGGAGGAACAACACUUAUCCUUGCAAAUAUUCAACAGGGGUCUGUUUCAGGGAUAGGAACUGUCAACACUUCUGCCACCAGCAAUCAGGACAUCCUUACCAACACUGAAAUACCUUUGCAGCUUGUCACAGUUUCUGGAAAUGAGACAAUGGAGUAAAUAUUACACAAAUACUUAUUCAUUGUGGUUAUUUUUAUACAGUAGUGAGAAGAAUAUUGUUCCUAAGUUCUUAGAUAUCUUUUUAUUGAUGUGCAAAAAUUUUUGGAUUGACAGUAACUUGGUUAUACAUGACACUGAAAUGCCUUACUUUGUAUGAUAUUCCAUAGUAUAUUAAAAUGGUAAAAUUGCAUGGGUUUUGUAGGUACUUUUGGAAUCUAGAAGAAAUGAAAUUUUACCAAGUUAUAUAAAGAGAAAAUUGAAUUUAACAAUGCGAAUGGUAGUCUAACCAAAUGCAUCAAUCCUGUGUGGUUUAGUGUAAAAAUGAGAAACUGUUGGUAUUUAUCUAUUGUAAGAUAAAAAAAAAGUUGGUGGGUGAAAGAAAUCAUGUUAUGAUAAAUUUUUGUAAUUUUCUUGAUGACUGGAAUUUUUAUUAUGCAUAACUGACAAAUCAAGUUUCCAAGCAAAUGUUACAUAGUGUAGGCUUUACUUAGCUUAUAUCAAUUUGUCAUUUUGAAGCUAAUUAUUUUAAUUAGGUUAACUGUACAAUAUUUUAAGCAUUACUCUUGUAAGAUUUUGAAAACUACAUUUUAACAUGGACCUUUAGGGAUAGUCACCUUUUAAAUCCUGUUGAAAAGCCAUGUUUAAGAUUUAAUUUGCCAAAAUAAUGUCUUGUUAAUAUUCUUUCAAUAAUGAAGUUGGGCAAUAUAACCGAUGUUUUUAAAAAGUUUAAAAUGUGUAGGUUGAGGCAUUUGGGUGGUAAGAAAAUGUUCUAGUGAAUUACCCCUUUUCCUGAAGUUUGGAGGACCAAAAAAAGAACAAAAAACAAAAACAAUAAUAAUAAGGUGUAUUGCGUCUUAGCAGUGAUUAAUUGUUUUCUUUCUUUCUUUUUAAAUCCAAUCUUGUUUCCAAAAAACAUGUCUGCCAGGGCCUUAAAAGCCAUUGUGUAAAUUACCAAUAAAGUAUAACAUAUGCAAACGUAACACAAUCACUUCCACAGUGACGAUACUCCAACCAUAUGGACAAUAGUCAUAGAAACUAGAAGCUUUAUGAUAUUUUUUUAAUUUUUUUUGUCUAGAUAGUCUGCACUUAAAUAUCAACCAUUUUCCUUUUUUUGCUUCUUUCCUUAAAAUUUAUAUGUAUCCAAUACAUUUAAUUGAGAAAUGUAUGUUUUUUAUUAUGCUGUAUUUUCUUUUUAUUUUUUAAUUAUUGUUUAUAUUUUCAAUUAAAAAUGUACAAAAUAAAAUUACAUUGCUGGUCUUGUAAGAGCGCUACAAUUUUCCUAAAUGUACCUAUAGCUGCAGCAGUUCACCUAUUUCAAGAAGUUGGAUUCUGUUCAUUUGUUAUCUUAAGACCACCUCAGACUGAAAGGCUACCUUAUUGUACGUUUAAAGUGUAUUAUAACAGUGUGGUAGUUAAUAAAACACUAUUUUUUUUCUUUUGA